CAACUCGAUGAACUAAAACUCUCACGCAACUUGUAGGCCCCAUAUAUAAACCAUAAUCCAAAAAAAAAAAUUCCUAAAAUCAUCAUCACCAUACAUCCUUAUCUUCUUCACCUUCUCUUCCUCCCAAAAACUUCAUUUCUAUUUCCACCAUCUUCCACUACAUCACAAACACACACUCAAAAAAAAUAAAACUAUUUAAUUUAUUCACCAGCCAAAUUUUUAUUUUUUUUUUUUUUUAAAAUGAGAAUAAAAUUGUCUAGAACAUUAUUACAAUAUUCAAACACAGAAUAUUUACAUUCAUCAUCUGACUCAAUUACAACAUUCCAAGCUAAUAACAAUGAUUCAGUAACUACAGCUAUUGGUAGACCCUUUAAGCUGUCAGCACCAUUUGAUUCAUCAAUGGCUUUAACUAUACUUGUUCUACUCACUGCUCUUUUCUUCAUGGGAUUUUUCUCCAUUUAUAUACGUCACUUCACUAAUGAACCAACUGCUGUUGUUGCUGGUGAUGAUGAUGAUGAUCGUCGUCGAAGAAAUUUACCUGCUUCUUCUUCUACUAACGUACACAGAUCUUGUCGGAAGGGGAUCGACUCAUCAACGAUUCAAUCACUACCGUUGGUUUCUUACGGUGGAGCUUCGAAGCACUUGAUCGAAGAUUGUCCAAUAUGUUUGACCGAGUUCGAGGCGAGUGAACUCAUACGCCUCAUCCCGUACUGUCGCCACGUGUUCCAUCAACAAUGUCUUGACACGUGGCUAUCAUCGCACGUGACUUGUCCUCUCUGUCGGUCCACGCAAUUUUUCAAGAAAGCAGAUGACCUUUAUUUGGAUGUAGUUGAGGUAGAAAAUGGAAAUGGUGUGAGUGGGGAAUCUACGGUUCAAGAAUGUGACACGUGUAGGAAUAUUAGGAGAUCAUGUAGCUUUUCGAAUUUGGGAAAUAGGGUGGCAUUGCAUAGAAGUGCAAGUUUUUGAAGGAAAAAAUGAAAAAAUUGUAAAGAUUUUUGUAAUUAUUAUUUUUGUACAACACUCAAAUUGAUAAUUUAGUGUGAAGUAUAAGCAUUUCAUUUUAGUUGUUAACA